CGGAGCGCCGUGACCGCGGAGGGAGAGCAGCGCCGGCGUGCGAGCGGCCAGCCGGCUGCAUGGCGCUCUGUGAGCGGCUGUGCGGCGCGACCCUGCGCGACGUUCUGGCCCAUACGCAGGGGGUCCUGUUCGACUGCGACGGGGUGCUGUGGAACGGCGAGCGCACCGUGCCGGGUGCCCCGGAGCUGCUGCAGCGUCUGGCGCGGGCCGGCAAGGCCACGCUAUUCGUCAGCAACAACAGCCGGCGCGCGCGGCCCGAGCUGGCGCUCCGCUUCGCGCGCCUGGGCUUCGCGGGGCUGCGCGCCGAGCAGCUCUUCAGCUCCGCGCUGUGCGCCGCCCGCCUGCUGCGCCAGCGCUUGCCUGGGCCGCCCGACGCGCUGGGAACCGUGUUCGUGUUGGGCGGAGAGGGGCUACGUGCCGAGUUACGCGCCGCGGGGCUGCGCCUGGCGGGAGACCCCGGCGAAGACUCGCGCGUGCGCGCCGUGCUCGUGGGCUACGACGAGCACUUCUCCUUCUCCAGGCUGAGCGAGGCGUGCGCGCACCUGCGCGACCCCGACUGCCUGCUCGUGGCCACCGAUCGCGACCCUUGGCACCCGCUCAGCGACGGCAGCCGGACCCCGGGUACCGGGAGUCUGGCCGCUGCAGUGGAGACAGCCUCAGGACGCCAGGCCCUGGUGGUUGGCAAGCCCAGCCCCUACAUGUUCCAGUGCAUCACAGAAGACUUCGGCGUGGACCCUGCACACACACUCAUGGUGGGUGACCGCCUGGAGACCGACAUCCUCUUCGGCCACCGCUGCGGCAUGACCACAGUGCUCACACUCACAGGUGUCUCUCGCCUUGACGAGGCCCAGGCCUACCUGGCAGCUGGCCAGCAAGAUGUUGUGCCCCACUACUAUGUGGAGAGCAUUGCAGACCUGAUGGAGGGGCUGGAGGACUGAGCCCACCCAACCUGCAGCCACAGCCCCACCUUUCCCAUUCCCUGACCUUGUAGAUGGAGAUCAUGGGUCAAGAGUCUCAGCACCAUGGGUUCCCUGGUACCAGUGUCUGGACCCCAGUGAAGGGAAGCUGGGAUCCAGGAAGGUUCGUGGGCCCUCUCACCACCUCCAGCAGUGGCUAGGCACUCUGCUCUUCAGAAGCUGCACCCCCUGCACCUUGAAGGUUCACCCUGGCCUGACCCCACCAGGUGACCAGGUUUCCUGCCCGUAUCACCUCCCUUACUUGGGAUAUGUAUGGGUCCCGAAGCCAACUGAAGAUUUCCCCCACUUCCUUGUCCCCUCCCCAUC